UGCGACUUCCGGCAAAACUGACGUCUGAAGAAAAAGACAUUUUGAAAAAAAAAUUAAAAAAGGAAGCUUUUUUUUUUCCCAAUGGCGGAAGCAGAGAAGAAGCGAGAUCAAACAUUUCCUCAGGGAAAAAUCAUUACUUUAUCCCCCCACCUAAAUUUAGAGAAGGAGGAGGAGAAAGAUCUGGACCUUGGCCACUGCGACGAGCACGAGUCUCCUCUUCCUCUCACCGUCACUUCUCGUGUUCUGUACAUGUUAGGAGACAUAGCAGCUGGUCCAGCUUAUCGGUUUACCCAAUGGUUGGAUUUAGUUCGUAAACGCAGUGCUACUUACGGUUCCUCUGGCUUCCCUCACCGUCUUCACCGCCUCGAUGAUAUGGUCUCAAGUGCAGGAGAGAGGAGUGCUGAUCCAAAAAGUCCACCGAGUAAGGAGACUUCAGAGAUUAGUCUGUGGGAAAGACUUGGCAAAGCUUCUAUUGUGGAUAUCGACUCCAGCUCCUUUUCUUGGACCAUGCUCUCUUCGCUUCACCACACUGAACAUAGUAGCAGCACUGAUCAUUCUGAAGAGGACCAGAGUAAACCUCUCGAGGUUACUGUGAAUUCUGGGGGAGUUGUUUUCUUCGCCCUGUUCAGUCAUCCCAGCUCUGAAGAUGCUUCCCGAAAGGAAGAAGCAGCAGCGGUUAUUAAAUUCGCAUCGUCGAGGAUGGCCACGCAGUCAGAACGUCUAGGUUAUGAGUUUGCCAAGUGGCUAGGUGUGCAGAUUCCGCAGGCUAGAGUAAUUCAUAGCUGUAACCCUGAGUGGACACUGAUCAAAGAAGCAACUGAGAAAGCACAAGCUAAAGCGAGUUCGGAAGGAGACGAGGUUGGUUUGGUGACUUGUUCAGAACUUCUGGAAGCCCUUGAGCUCAGUCGUUGUCUUCUCCUUAUGAGCUAUGUACAUGGAUGUCCAUUGCUAGAGAGCAUGAGCAGUUUCGAAACCGAAGAAAAAGCAGAGAGAGCUGCUUCAGCGCUAGGGAGAAUCCUGGUCCUAGAUCUCGUGAUAAGAAACGAAGACAGACUACCCUGCCGUCAGCUGAGAUGGCGCGGCAACCCCGCGAACCUCUUGCUGACAGACAGGAUCGUGUCAUCAUCGACCAAACCUCCUCUGGAGUGCUCUUUCGAAGAAGCGUUCGAUUCCGCCAUCAAACGGUGCCAUCCGAGAGACUACAGAUCCAUUCAGAAGGAGAGAAGAGCUUCCUCUGUCGACAGCAGGUCUAGGUUGAGUGUCAGCGAUCACCGUCUGGUCUCUCAGUCGUCUGACUUCUCUGAUAUAACCGAAUCGCCUAGAUCGUAUGACACCGAGUUCAUGAGUCCCAUGUCUGAUAGCUCCUCCAUGGCUCCUGAGUUUCACAUUGUUACUAUAGACUCUGUUGUUCCAAGACGUCCUCCUGCUGGCAAACGAGCAAGCGACCAAGAGAUCUAUCCGAGAUUAGUUGAGCUGCUUCUCAACAGCAGCCAGUAUUCUUCAAAUCUGUUAUACGAAAUAACAGAAGGAGGUUUAGGGUCUCCACAGGCGAAAGAUGGUGAAGAAACACCUACUAAUGUAGUGACGCCAGUUGUGCGUGAGUUUCGAAACGGUUUUCGCGCUGGUCUCAGGGACUUGCACGAGUUCCACAUCUUCCUCGUCACGCUUCAUCAGAAGCUAGACGGUUUGCUGCGCGCGUUUUUCAGUAUGAUGGACAAAACGAUGUGUGCUGAUUUCGAGAGAGAUGACUUCGCUGUUCCCGAGUCUCCAUCGCAGAGUUUUGGCGGCGGCCAUGAUCAUCAUUACCCGUCUCCUUCGAAAGAACAACGGGUGGUGACUAGUGAUAACGGCUUUGACCAGAGCGAGUCAGAUUUGUCGCAGAGAUCGGUUCCUAGGACGCCGGGUUCUGAAAACAAGGAAGGGGGAGAUGCUGCUGCAACUUCGCCUAAGUCACGAGAAAGCUGGCAUGGGAGAUACAGUAGAGGUGGAGAGUCUCUUAGUAGUCAGCGUUUGGCAGCAAAGCUCCGUGACUUCCAUAAAUUUGCAAAGAUUGAUGCGGAGUCUAAUAAAGAACUAGACCAGUGGAAUGAAACGCUCAGGAACGAAGUUAUGAAACUCUGCCAAGAGAACGGUUUCAACACUGGUUUCUUUGAGGGGAGUGAUAAUAACAGUUGUACUGAUGCUUACGAGCUUAAGGUUAGACUUGAGCAUAUUCUUGAGAGGAUAUCAUUGAUUACCAAAGCUGCUAAUACGGAGAAACCAUCGAUGAUUCAAGAGAAUCUCUUCAUCGGUGGAGGAUUGGCUGCAAGGUCUGUAUACACUCUUCAGCAUUUAGGUAUAACUCAUAUUCUUUGCUUGUGCGCUAAUGAAAUAGGGCAAUCAGAUACUCAGUACCCUGAUCUCUUCAACUACAAAAAUUUCUCAAGAGAGCGCUCUCUUCUUGUGUCUUCUUGUUUUGACCAGCAGAUAACCGACGAUGAAGACUCAAAGAUUGAAGGCAUCUUUCAAGAAGCUCUUGAUUUUAUCAACCAUGGUGAAGAAACAGGAGGCAAGAUUCUAGUUCACUGCUUUGAAGGUCGGAGUAGAAGCGCAACCGUAGUGCUUGCCUACCUAAUGCUCCGAAAGAACCUGACGCUUUUAGAAGCGUGGAGCAAACUGAGGAAAGUUCACAGACGAGCUCAGCCGAACGACGGGUUUGCCAGGAUCUUGGUGAACAUCGACAAGAAAUGUCACGGGAAGGUGUCGAUGGAGUGGAGGCAGAGGAAACCGACCAUGAAAGUGUGUCCGGUUUGUGGUAAGAACGCAGGUUUAAGCAGCAGUUCGCUGAAACUGCAUCUCCAGAAAUCUCACAAGAAACUGUCUUCGGGAAGUGUGGACAGUGCAAUGAACAUGGAGAUACAAAAGGCUUUGGAGGCACUUCAGCUGAGCAGCGGUCGUGGCUCCAGUGUUAGCUCCAGUUCUUUUCAGUCCCUUAGUGGUUAAAGAGAGUUUCGGUUUUAGUAUCUAUCUGUGGUUUGUUUGUCCCGGUUAAAGUCUCUAACCACAACAUGUUUCAGUUUUUUGAAUACUAGACUUGUUUUCCUUCCCUGUAAGGAUUUUUUUAACUUGGUAUACAAAAUAAAACCUGUUUGAUUGGAA